CUCUCUCUCUCUCUCUCUCUCUCUCUCGCUUUCGAGAUACAAGUGAUUUAGCCUAAGAAAUUGACGUACCCAAGAUUGGAUUUUGAGCAAUUUAGCAUCGGGAAAUCGCGGUGGAAACAUGUAUGCACAGAGUUUCCAAGAGUCCGACCUGGCCCUCCUUGAAUCCAUAAGCAGGCACUUGUUACUCGACGACUCGGAGAGUCGACUCCUCCUGAGUUGUCCAAACGGAACUCAGCCGUGGAGCACAAGCCUCGGCGGUAACUUGUGCCCGUUUCUGGCCGAGAACUGGGGAGAGCUCCCUCUCCGGGAGGACGACCCGGACGAUAUGGUCCUCUACGGGCUCCUAAACGGGGCUGAAUCGAUCGGUUGGGCCCCGCUGGGCUUGCAGGAGGCCAGCCGGCCCGGCUUCGCAGCGGAGAUUUCUGUGAAGCCGGAGCCGGAGUCCUUCCCGGCGGCGCCCUGGUUGACGGGGUGCGCCACGAUUCCGCCGCCCGCGGCAGUCCCGGCGAGGGGGAAGCACUAUAGGGGAGUGAGGCAGCGGCCGUGGGGGAAGUUCGCGGCGGAGAUCCGUGACCCGGCGAAGAACGGGGCCCGGGUCUGGCUCGGGACUUACGAGACUGCGGAGGACGCGGCGCUGGCCUACGACCGAGCCGCCUACAGGAUGCGCGGCUCGCGGGCCUUGCUCAAUUUCCCGCUCCGGAUCAAUUCGGGCGAGCCCGAGCCGGUCAGGGUGACGUCGAAGCGAUCUUCGCCAAAACGGCCAUCUCCAGAGCCGUCGACUCCGUCGUCGUCGUCGUCACUGGACAACGGCUCCGGGAAGAGGAGAAAAAAGACGACGACGACGGGCUCCUCGGUGGCGGCUCCGGUGGCGGCACGAGUGGCGGCAUUAGAGAAUGGGGCGGAGGGGUUCCAAGUAGGACACCAAGUGGGAAUGUCCACAAGUGGCGAGCAGCUAUUAGUUGGCUUAUGAUUGACAUCAUCUUUGUGGCCACAUCAUGUGGCACCAAUGUGGGUCAGGACAGAGAGAGAGAACCUUUGUGGAAAUUCUUCUGUUUUUUUGUUUUCCAUUUGGAUGUGUUUUUUUCUGCCGAGGAGGAUGUUUUGUGAUAAUGUGAACCAAUUAAGAAACAAGUGAGAAUGGAAAGGGCUUUUCCUGGAAACUUUGGGCUGGUCAUUUCUGUUCCUUUUUUGGCAAGUAGGGUCUCGCGUAUAUCUUUUCAUUGAAAGGAAUGACGAGAAAUUUCUAUUGAA